AUGAGAUACUCAAGCAGUCUUCUGAGUGCUGGACUCGUCCGCUUGGCCCUCGGCCUUCCAGCGCCCCAGAUGACGUACGAGGAAAACACGGGCAGCGUCGGUGGCGUCGACCCGCCCAUCCCCACCUACUCCGGCGCCCCCGUAGGCGACCUGCGGGGGUCGACCAACCUGCAAGGCGGCAUCGCGUCGCGGCCACCCGUAUCCGGGGGCGACUCUGCCGCCGUCGCAGACCCGGAGCUAGUGAACGGCCAAGAAGCGGACGGCAAGCUGGGGCUGUACCUCGACUUCGAGAGCGCGACGUACCCGAACGGGCCGCAGCCGAUCCGGGGCGACCGGGGCAACACGGACCCGGGCCCGCGGACGUACGAGUACGAGAGGCUGAACCCGGACAUCUACGCGCCGCCCGAGACGGACCAGGGCACGGUGCCGCAGUCCAUGUGGCCCCUGGGCCUGAGCCGGAACCUGUUCGGCACGGGCAAGGAGUCGGGGUGGACGAGGCAGCAGAACCAGGAUAACCUCCCCGUGGCGUCGGCGAUGGCGGGGGUCGAUAUGCGGCUUGCGCCGAAUGCGUAUCGGGAGCUGCAUUGGCAUACGGCUGGUGAAUGGGCCCUAGUCCUAAAGGGCUCAGUCCGCGUCGCAGCCAUGGACGAGAACGGCGCGACCUUCGUCGACGACGUGACUGCGGGCGACGUGUGGUUCUUCCCGCAGGGGGUGCCCCACAGCCUGCAGGCGCUGCACGACGGCUGCGAGUUCCUGCUCGUGUUCGACAGCGGCACCUUCUCCGAGUCCAACACCUUCCUCGCCACCGAGAUGCUCCUGCGCACGCCCAAGUCCGUCUGGGCCAAGGACCUUGAGACCGAUGUCAGCGAGCUUGAUGAUAUUCCGCAGGAUGAGAAAUACAUCUUCAACGGCACCCCCGCCCCCUCCAACAUAACCCUCCAAAACAUCACCUCCCCCUCCGCCGGGUCCCUGUGGGGGUCAACGGGGUACACCUACCACUGGUCGCAGCAAGCCCCCCACACGACCCCCGGCGGCACCGUCAAGAUCCUCGACCCCGCCACCUUCCCCAUCGCCUCGCACUUCUCCGCCGCCCUCGUCGUGCUCUCGCCGGGCGCCAUGCGCGAGGUCCACUGGCACACCGCCAGCGACGAGUGGAGCUACUUCCUGCAGGGCGCGGCGCGCAUCACCGUGUACGGCGCGCCCGCCGCCUCGCAGACCUUCGACUUCACCGCGGGGGACGUCGGGUACAUACAGCGGGCCGCGGGCCACUACGUCGAGAACACGGGCGACGAGGACGUCGUCUUCCUCGAGGUGCUGCUCGCGGACAGGUUCGCCGACGUCAGCGCCGCCCAGUGGCUCGCGCUCACGCCGCGCCAGGUCGUCAAGGACACCCUGAAUCUGUCCGACAAGGUCCUGGAUGCCUUGCCGAGGGAGAAGACGCUGAUUAAACCGGGGAACUCGAAUAUGACUGCGCUCGCUGGUGGUGGUGAUGGGAAGAAUUAA